AUGGGCGUUCAAGGUCUCAGCAGUUUCCUGGAGACCCACUGGGGGGUCUACCAGGACCUCCGGCUCCGGGGGACCCGGCUGGUGAUCGACGGCAGCAACAUUGGGUUCCAUCUGUACUAUAACUCAGGUUUGGACCAGAAUUGCGGUGGGGAGUAUGCAUCGUUUGAAGACGUCAUCAAGAGGUUCAUCUCAGCACUCAGGACCUGCGAGGUCCAGCCGUUCGUGGUUCUGGACGGAGGUUCAGACCCCACAGACAGGAAGCUGGAAACGGUGACGAUGAGAGCUGAGCAACGGAUCCAGAAAGCCCACGAGGCAGCGGAGACCGGUAAGAGAAAGGGAAUCCUCCCACAGAUGGCCAGGAUGGUCUUCAAACAGACUCUGGCCCGACUGCAGGUUCCGGUGGCCCAGUGCUUCGGGGAGGCCGACCAGGAGCUAGCUGCCCUCGCUGCUGAAUGGAACUGCCCCGUGCUUUCCAACGACGGGGACUUCUUCAUCUUUGACCUCCCUGAAGGGUUCCUGCCCUUCACUCACUUCCGCUGGAAGCAGGUGAACGGCGGCCCGGAGCGCUACAUUCCCUGUAAGAGCUACACAACCUCUCGCUUCUGCAGCGUCUUCCAGAUCAAGCCCCAGCUCCUGCCCACCUUCGCUGCCUUGGCCGGUAACGACUACGUGAAGCUGAAGUCGGUCAACUGGGCUCGGUUUGUCCCGGCGGGCAGCGAGACCCUGGGUCGCCUGGAGGGGCUGCUCUGCUGGCUGAGCAAAUUAAAGAAGUCUGAGGACGCCAUGGCGGCGGCGCUGAAGCUGAUGGGAGAUCUGGCCACGGAGAGGAAAGAAGAGAUCCAGAGAGGACUGUCUGAGAGGAUGAAGGAGUACAAACCUCGUCAGAGUUGCCUAAGACAGUUCUUCGAGCAGGAGGUGCCUCCCCCGUUCCAGGAAUCCGGUCUUGUUCCGGACUGGGCCUGUGUGGCUCUGACGCAGACCCGGCUCACCCCGAACAUCUUGGACGUGCUGCAGCUGCAGAGGAUAUCACUGGGCUUCGCCGUGGAGCCCCGGGACCGGCCUAGCGUGUAUGUGAUCUCCAGGCCAAUCCGGCAGGUGAUGUACGGGCUGCUGUUGGGCGGAGAGACGUCGCUGAAGGUGGACGAGCGAGACCGGGACGGUUCACAGCUGAUAUACGUACCGGUCCGACCAGCCUUUACUGAAACCAGCCAGAAACUCAGACUCAGCUCGCUGCACGAGGCGAAGCUCUCUGAGCGUCUGCUGGUCCUACUGGAAGCUCUGGGUGUCACCGAGGACUCUCUGAGCCUCAUUCCCGAUGAGCUGAAGCUCCCGGUGGCCGUCACCUGCUUCUGGCAGCGGACGGCUCAGCCUCCUCCAGACCAGACCCUGCUGAAGGCGCUGCUUAAGGGAAUCAGCAAGGGAGUCGUAACUGGACCCAAUACGGGAAAUCACCGCGGUGGAAAGAAGCCGGACGUGGGCGUGGUCUACGCCUUCAACCAAUGGCAGGCCUGCCUGAAGGACAGCGUCCACCUCAACCAGCUGCUGGGCUUCCCUCUGCUGGAGCCGGAGAUCGCACGGUUGUAUCAGGGGACGACGGUCCACCAGCGGGUGGAGAGGAUGGAUCAGUACAACAGGAUGCUAUCUGCACAGAGAGAGACGGCCCGGCAGAACCAGCAGAGAGAGACGGCCCGGCAGAACCAGCAGAGAGAGACGGCCCGGCAGAACCAGCAGAGAGAGACGGCCCGGGAGAACCAGCAGAGAGAGACGGCCCAGCAGAACCAGCAGAGAGAGACGGCCCGGCAGAACCAGCAGAGAGAGGCGGCCCGGCAGAACCAGCAGAGAGAGACGGCCCGGCAGAACCAGCAGAGAGAGACGGCCCGGGAGAACCAGCAGAGAGAGACGGCCCAGCAGAACCAGCAGAGAGAGACGGCCCGGCAGAACCAGCAGAGAGAGGCGGCCCGGCAGAACCAGCAGAGAGAGACGGCCCGGCAGAACCAGCAGAGAGAGACGGCCCGGGAGAACCAGCAGAGAGAGACGGCCCGGCAGAACCAGCAGAGAGAGACGGCCCGGGAGAACCAGCAGAGAGAGGCGGCCCGGCAGAACCAGCAGAGAGAGGCGGCCCGGCAGAACCAGCAGAGAGAGACGGCCCGGGAGAACCAGCAGAGAGAGACGGCCCGGGAGAACCAGCAGAGAGAGACGGCCCGGGAGAACCAGCAGAGAGAGACGGCUCGGCAGAACCAGCAGAGAGCGCGGGCCAACAGGAGCCAGCCGGCUCCUCUGAUGGAGAAGGUUCUGAUCAUGAUGGUUGAUCAAGAAUCUAGUAUCUUUACUGUGUGUCAGCUGGUCUCCAUGAAGGGCGGGGCUAUUGGCUCCUCCCACAUGGUCUCAUGA